UCUUCAUCGCGGGAAUCAUGAAGAGAGCGCAGAUCAGGGGGCUGGAAAGUGAAGUGUUAGAUUGCAACGGUGAUUCUAGAGAGAAAGCUGAUUUAUUAACAGGACCUUGUUUUGAACCUAGCGUUUUCUUUAGGUGCCAUUCUUGGAGAAAAGCUGGUUUGGCAGAUGUACGGACACAGGUGUGGCAUUGUGCAUUUGAAUCAGAUGUAAGACAUCCUGAACAGACAACAGAUGUGAUUGCUACUUGUGGAGGAAAUAGCAUAUGUUUUAUAGAUGUUAAUAGCGGUUUUGUCAAAAGUAAAUACUAUGCUGAAGAUCCAAGGGAAAUUUUUUAUACUCUCUCAUGGUCUUGGAUUGCACCUGAAUGCUCAGGGAGUGGGAAAAUUAGCAUUGUGGCUGCAGGAGGUACUAGAUGUAUCAUUCAUCUGCUACAUCCACAAAAUGGUGCACUUUUUUACACUCACAGGCUCAAAUGCCCUUCCAGUGUUGCCAUAACAAGUUUGCUUUUCCACAAAGAACAUUGUGAGAUCCUAUUCGGAGCAAAGAGCGAUGGCACUAUCCUAGUGUGGGACAUUGGAUACCCAGUACCUCCAAAGUAUGCAGUGAAAUUUACUACACUCCAUCAGUUAUCAUCAAAACAUGAAGUAUUUCAACUUGCGUACUGUUUAGAAACUAAAUCUCUCCUGGUAUCAUCUGCAGAUGGUAUUUGUGUAUGGUCCGGAGAUGUCAGAGAUACUAGUCUCCAGGAGAAAGAACUGAAAAUGCCACCAAUGCCUGGCAGUAUUAAUGUCAAUAGUCCACAGCUGGUUGAUUCAAUUGAAGUUCUAGGCUGUGGAAGAAUUGCUGCAAAAUGUGCAUUGCAUGGCGCCAUUUAUAUAUGGAGCUUAGCAGAAACUUUAAAAAGUUGUAAAAGUAGACGCAUUGUGAAAAUACUUCCAGCGUAUACAUUAAAAUGGAGCAACACAGAUAAUUACUUCAUGAACAUGGGAUUUAGCAAAGGAUCAGGUGUGCUAGCAUGUGGAGAUGACGAAGGAAGACUGUGGUUGUAUGACACAAAAAACUUAUUUGAUAAUAGUGAAAUAACGAACCACUCAGAAGUUAACCCAGUGUGUGUUCUUCAGUGGCCUGAUGUUGUAGAUAACAAUGUGAUAAAAAGACAUAAAUGUAAUUUGGAUUCAUAUGACACUACUGUAAUAAACAAAGUAGCCAUUAAUUAUGCUGGAAACUGUAUGGUAGCUGUAACCAGCAACAAUUUGGUGUGUAUUUGGAAGAGAAAAUGACACUGUUAUUGUGGCUUUAAAAUUAUAUCAAAUAACCAACA